AUGAAUCAAAAUGCAAAUAACUUCACAGUGGAAGAUGGUCUCCCCCCUCUAGGAGAUCCAUUUGGUAGUUCUCCACGAGAAAAUGAACACACAAUAAACACGACUUCAAGCAAUGAGUUCAAUCAAUUGGGAAAUCCUCAACAAUCUUUGGCUGCUGGUACCGGUGCUGUGUCGAACUCCGCAAUAGCCUCAAUGUCAACAUCAGCUUCAUCUGAUGAAGGUGGAACAUUUGAUGCCGAACCGGACGGCGAACCGAGACAGUUUGCUAAGCAGCUCUUUGCUAGGGCAAGAGCGAGGAUAGAGAGACGUUUACAUAGCUCCGCACUCAAUGAUAAUAAAGAGAGAGAUGGCAGUGAUCCGGAUUUUAUGGAUUUCAAUUUUGGCUCUCUAGGUUUCUACCGGUAUGGAAAUUCGACAGGAUCAAAUUUUCCUUACGAAGAACCGAUAUGCGUUCUUCCACCAGAAGUUCUGUGCCUGAUUUUCAGCUAUAUGAACUCCAAAACGGAUUUGCUGAAUAUUGCCCUUGUUUGUAAGGCAUGGGCUGAAAUGAUCAUAGAACUGAUUUGGUUCAGACCAGGAAUUUCAGAUGAAAAUGUGUAUGCGAAGCUCGGGGUGGUUCUGGAGCAGCCAAAGUCAUCCACUUAUUGGAAUUACAGGAUGUAUAUAAAGAGGCUAAACCUGUCGUUGGUCCCGAACUUAGUCACUGAUAAAUAUUUGUCGCUAUUUCAAGGAUGCAAAAACCUAGAAAGGAUUACAUUGGUUAACUGCUCUCACGUUGGUUCUGCUGCAAUUACAGGUUUGCUAAAGGACUGUAAUCGACUACAGUCGAUUGAUCUCACAGGCGUCCGAGAUAUACAAGAUGACAUUUAUCAUUCUCUAGCGGCAAACUGCUUGAAGCUUCAAGGUCUAUACAUUCCGGGAUCGUUUGACGUGACAAAGGGUGCAAUUUUGGAGGUUAUACGUUCAUGCCCAUUGCUUAAAAGACUUAAGAUCAGUGAAUGCCCCGAGGUCGAUGACGAGGUUCUCACAGAACUUGUUGCACACUGUCCGAAUUUGGUUGAAAUAGAUCUACACGGCUGUGGGAAAGUCACAAACACCGCUGUUCAUGAGAUGUUUGUCAAAUUGGAAAACCUAAAGGAAUUCAAGAUUUCUAAAAACGAUAACAUCACCAGUGUGUGCUUUGAUGACUCGCCGGAUGGUUCAAGAUUAUGCCUCGAAAAGCUUCGAAUUUUGGACUUUACACAAUGCUCGAAUAUAACCGACAGUGCAGUGGAAAAGUUUACCAUGCUAGCACCUCGUUUGAGAAACGUCGUUCUUUCUAAAUGCACGGCUAUAACAGAUCGUGCACUCCAUGCAAUUGCAAAAUUGGGGAAGAACCUUCACUAUGUGCAUUUAGGACAUUGCAGUAACAUUACGGAUUAUGGUGCUUGUGAGCUGAUUAAAUGUUGCUACCGGCUACAAUACAUAGAUUUAGCCUGCUGCACUCAGCUUACAAAUGCCACCGUUGUUGAAUUAGCACAACUUCCAAAGCUAAAGCGUAUUGGUCUAGUGAAGUGUUCCCAGAUCACGGAUGAGGGGAUUUUAGCACUGGCAGAAAAUUCUCGUUCACAUGAAGAUAAUUUGGAAAGAGUCCAUUUAAGUUACUGCAUGAACCUCACAAUAUAUCCGAUAUACAGACUAUUAAAGGCAUUUCCUAGGCUUACUCAUAUCUCCUUGACUGGCGUUGCACAAUUUUUGCGUCGGGAUAUAACGCAAUUUUGCAGAGAACCGCCAGAGGAGUUUAACCCACACCAGAAAUCGAUAUUUUGCGUUUUUUCCGGUGAAGGGGUGAACCAAUUGCGAACCUAUUUGACUCAACUGAUAGAGACACCCCAGGAUCCUCAUAGAGAGACAGAUGAACUUUUGGAUAUUAUAAACUCAGUGACCGAAGGGGUGGGAAGUGUCGAUGAUACAAUGUUAAAUUCUAACCCUUUACAGAGAAAUAGAUUGAGAGUUUUUGUGGGAACGUUGAAUCGGUUCAUCAACGAGUUUCACCACAUGAAUGUACCAAGAGAGAAGCUUGAGCUUUUUGCAAAGUGCAUAUUUAUCCGUUUAGAAGCAUCACAGGUUCCAAGAAUCGAGAGGUUUUUCCAACUUUUGCAGAGCCAUCCUAUUCGAAUUGUUCCAGUUUCUCCCCGUUCGGAGACUUUGGCCAGAGAAGAGAGGAGAAGACAAUUGUUGCAGCAACAACAAUUGCAACAACAGCAACAAGUUAUGCAACAGAGAGAAUUGCAAAGACGUAAUAUGCAGGCAACUGCAGAGGCUAUCGGAAGAAGAAAUCUUAUUCAGGGAGACUCUGGAGAUCAUCGGAACCUAGGAGAUGCGAAUGGCUCUGAUUUAACACGCAGGCAAAGAAGUAGUUCUACGAGAAGAUAUGUAGCUGCAAUACGUCGCGCACCAGUUGAAGCCGAACUCUUUCAGAGACAGCAGUAUCAGCAGAGGCAAUUUGAAGAAAGACAACUGAGGGAACAGAGAGAAAGGCGUGCAAGAGCACAGGGUGCCCGUUUUAUGGAUCCCGAUGUUCCUAUGGAUCAGUGA